AUUGUCUUUUCCUUCUGGACACUCAUCUUUUUCCAUGUACUGUAUGCUAUACCUGAUAUUGUAUCUGCAAGCAAGAGUUACUUGUCAAGCCGUUACACUGGUCAGACCUUUAGCGCAACUAAUCUUCUUCUGUUUGGGGUUCUUCACCUGCCUCAGUCGUAUAUCUGACUACAAGCACCACUGGAGUGAUGUGCUCUCGGGCUCAGUUCUAGGAAUGGUGGUGUGUGUUCUUGUGGUUUUAUGUGUGUCAGAUUUUGGCCAGGCUCUAAGGAUUAGAGGAACAUUCUGUAGGGCUGAUCAUGAUGUUCUGGUGCCAAGUGUGAACCAGACUGCAGAGGAAAGUCCUGAGACUCUCUACAAUGGAAGAUCUCUGCAAGAGAGUCAGCCAUCGAGACAAACAUCAAACCUGUCCCACACUGUUAAGAUAGAGCAGCUGGAGGUGUAA